AGAGAUACAUACAUUUUCGGAUUUUGAAACAGCUCUACCUAAAUUCCAAGAUGGCUCGACGAUAUGACUCAAGAACGACUAUAUUCUCCCCUGAAGGUCGCCUGUACCAGGUGGAGUAUGCCAUGGAGGCUAUCGGGCAUGCUGGCACCUGUCUUGGCAUUCUGGCCAAGGAUGGGGUUCUCCUAGCUGCAGAAAGAAGAAACACUAACAAACUUCUAGAUGAAGCUUCCUACUCAGAGAAGAUCUACAAACUGCAUGAUGACAUGGCUUGUAGUGUAGCUGGAAUCACUGCAGAUGCAAAUGUUCUUACAAAUGAACUCCGAGUUAUUUCUCAGAGAUAUAUGCUCCAGUAUCAAGAACCCAUUCCCUGUGAACAAGUGGUCAGCACAUUGUGUGAUAUCAAGCAAGCUUACACACAAUUUGGAGGGAAGCGUCCAUUUGGUGUGUCUCUGCUGUACAUGGGCUGGGACAAGCACUAUGGAUAUCAGCUGUACCAGAGUGACCCCAGUGGCAACUAUGGAGGCUGGAAGGCAACCUGUAUUGGCAACAACAGUGCUAACGCUGUGUCUAUGUUGAAACAAGAAUACAAGGAUGGGGAGACAACUCUCAGUGAAGCUCUGGCUCUUGCUGUCAAGGUCCUUAGCAAGACACUGGACAUGACCAAACUCACACCAGAGAAAGUUGAGAUAUCCACCUUGACACGCAAGGACAACAAGACUGAGAUCAAGAUUCUGCCUCAUGGAGAAGUGGAGAAGUUGAUCAAGUCCCACGAAGAGGAUGAAGCUAAGCUGGAGGCUGAGAAGAAGAAGGAAUCAGAAAAGAAGAAAUCUUCAUCAUAGACAAUGUACUGAUCACUAGUGCUCGAUGAUCUUACCACCAUCUUGAUUGUGCAACUACACUAUUGAGGGUCUUUGCUGCACACUACUUGUCAUUGUUUUUGUCAUUGUACAAACUACAUGUUAUUAUAUACAAUAAAUUCAUAAAGACGGAA